AGACCGCAAUCGCCUCGACCUGACUUUUAAUUUUUAUUUUUUUUUACUGCUUGACGAUUCGUUUCACGUCUCGGUUUGCAGUCCACCAUGACGAUUCCCGAGUUUCAGAAUACAGCCCUCGAGGCCAUCCCCGGCAUCGCGAGCAAUGUGCGCGGCGCUUUCCGCACGCACAAGACCAAGACGCUCCAAUGGCGCCAGACGCAGCUGCGGAAGCUGUACUGGGCCAUGGAGGACUACCAGCCCCAGAUCCUGGAUGCGCUCAAGAAGGACCUGCACAAGUCCGACUUUGAGGCCCUGUUCACUGAGAUUGACUGGAUCAAGAAGGACUGUCUGUUUAUGCUCGACCAUCUCGAGAACUUCAUGAAGGACGACAAGCUGGGUUCGCCCUACGUGCCCGCCACUCACUCCUUCAUGAAGUUCCGCGUCCAAAAGGAUCCCGUUGGCACCGUCUUGAUCAUCGGCCCCUACAACUUCCCCAUCCAGCUUACCCUGGCCCCGCUGGUCGGUGCCAUCUCUGCUGGCUGCACCGCCGUGAUCAAGCCCUCGGAGCUGACCCCGGCAUGCGCCAUGGUGAUGAAGGAGCUCAUCGAGAGCAGGCUCGACACCAGCGCCAUUGCCGUGGUCAACGGCGGCAUUCCGGAGACCACCGCGCUCCUGAACGAGAAGUGGGAUAAGAUCUUCUUCACGGGCAGCGCCGCGGUCGGCACCAUCGUCGCCAAGAAGGCUGCUGAAACCCUCACCCCCGUGGUGCUCGAACUCGGCGGCAAGAACCCCGCCUUCAUCACCAAGAACGCGAACCUCGCCUUGGCUGCGAAGCGCCUGCUCUGGGGCAAGACCAUGAACGCGGGCCAAAUCUGCCUGUCCCAUAACUACAUCCUCAUCGACAAGGACAUCGUCCCCACCUUCAUCACCCACCUCAACCAGGCCUACAAGGACAUGUUCCCCAACGGCGCCAAGGCGAGCCCGGACCUCGGGCGCAUCGUCAACCAGAGGCACUUCCAGCGCAUUAAGAAGAUGCUGGACAACACCAACGGCAAGAUCGUCAUGGGCGGCGCCAUGGACGAGUCGGAGAACUACAUCGAGCCCACCGCCGUGCUGGUCGACUCGGUCGACGACUCGAUGAUGCAGGAGGAGUCCUUCGGGCCCGUCUUCUCCAUCUACCCGGUGAACUCGCUCGACGAGGCGCUCAACGUCGCCAACCUCGUCCACCGCACGCCCCUGUCUCUGUUUACGUUCGGUUCCAAGGCAGAGAACAAGAGGAUUCUCAACGAGAUGACCUCGGGCGGGGCCACGAUCAACGACGCCUUCUUCCACGCGUCCCUCAACACGGUCCCGUUUGGCGGUGUCGGCGACAGCGGCUGGGGCGCCUACCGCGGCAAGGCAAGCUUCGACGCCUUCACCCACUUCCGGACCGUUUCCGAGACGCCCUCCUGGGCCGAGAAGCUCAUUGCCAUACGCUACAUGCCGUUUGACCUCUCCAAGCUUAAGCUAUUCAACCGCUUCACUACCAAGAAGCCCAACUUUGACCGCAACGGCAAGGUGGUGAAGGGUUUCGGCUACUGGACGGCGAUGCUGUGCGGGCUGGGCAGCAAGAGCGCCAAAGGUGCGUUCAUGAGGUGGUUGGUUGUCUUGGCUGCCCGUUAUCUUUAUGUAAAGCGCUCUGGAAGUUAGGGCAACGAUUGGGUUCCUUUUUUGUUUUAUUUUGCAUUAUUUCUUGUUUUUGGAUCUUGAACAUGUUCAGCGGUCUAAUACUGUAUGUUUGAUUUAGGAGACGAUCAAUGAAAAGCUGUACGAUAUGCCAAACUACGUUGUAUUCGAGCCAUGGCCGACGACCCCAACGUAGCGUACGCAGCAUGAGCGGUAUGCAUUACUGAUACCCGGUGUUCAAUCCGCGUUUUUCUUUUCUUUGCUUUUCUUUUCUUUCUCCCAGCAUCUAUACCCACCCGCAAGGUCGGUUUCAAAUUUUUUCCUUUUGUAACUUUUAAUUCUCAUUCGGCACUUGAUACCAAACCGGGGCUACCAUAGGCCCAAGUUCGUCGUGUCGAGUGAUUAGCAUAUAGUUAAUAGGAAGCUCAUAAGGAGCCCCGUAUCAAACCGUUAAGA